CGCGUCGAAUGUCGUGCAUAGACCUUCAAAAUUGUAGUGUAUAAGGUUUAACUAAUUAUGAUUUACUCAUUUUUGGCGACUGUGACUGUGGUGGUACUAGCCAUCCAAGUCCCACGUCCCAUAGAUGGGGCUUGUACAAAUGGAAUUGUUUGUUUGUCAGCCACCAAUUACGCCUUCUGUAUUUCUAACACCCUAGUGGGCAACUACUCUUGCAGCGAUGGGCAGGAAUGCGUUGAAGGUCAAAGCUAUGCGUGUCAAGAAGCACAGACAACUGUGUCUACAGUGGCGCCAAUAACACCUCCAGCAGAGUGUACAAGCGUUAGUAAAUACCCUGCCCAAAAUUGCAAUCAAUAUUACGAAUGCGUGUCAUUCCUCUGGUUCUGGUACAGUUUAAAUUUGGUAAAUUGUUCUUCUGGACAAGCCUUCGAUAGCGCUCAACUGGUGUGUGUGAACAACACAAGUUGCAACGCAGAAACAGGUCAGAUUGAAACCACAACUGCACCAACAACGACAACGGAAGCAACAACAACGACAGAAACACCAACAACAGUUGCAGAAGUAACACCUCCAGCAGAGUGUACAAGCGUUGGUAAAUAUCCUGCCCAAAAUUGCAAUCAAUAUUACGAAUGUGUGUCAUUCCUCUGGUUCUGGUACAGUUUAAAUUUGGUAAAUUGUUCAUCUGGACAAGCCUUCGACAGCGCUCAACUGGUGUGCGUGAACAACACAAGUUGCAAUGCAGAAACAGGUCAGUUUGAAACCACAACUGAACUACCAACAACCACAACGGAAGCAUCAACAACGACAGAAACACCAACAGUUGCAGAAGUAACACCUCCAGCUGAGUGUAAGAGCGCAAGAAAAUAUCCUGCCCAAAAUUGCAAUCAGUAUUACGAAUGUACGUCAUUCCUGUGGUGGUACAAUUUAAAUUUGUUAAAUUGUUCAUCUGGGCAAGCCUUCGACAGCGCUCAACUGGAAUGUGUCAACAACACAAGUUGCAACGCAGAAACUGGCCAGAUUGAAACCAUAACUGCACUAACAACAACAACGGAAGCAUCAACAACGACAGAAACACCAACAACGACAGAUACACCAACAACAGUUGCAGAAGUAACACCUCCAGCAGAGUGUACAAGCGUUGGUAAAUAUCCUGCCCAAAAUUGCAAUCAAUAUUACGAAUGUGUGUCAUUCCUCUGGUUCUGGUACAGUUUAAAUUUGGUAAAUUGUUCAUCUGGACAAGCCUUCGACAGCGCUCAACUGGUGUGCGUGAACAACACAAGUUGCAAUGCAGAAACAGGUCAGUUUGAAACCACAACUGAACUACCAACAACCACAACGGAAGCAUCAACAACGACAGAAACACCAACAGUUGCAGAAGUAACACCUCCAGCUGAGUGUACGAGUGCCAGUAAAUAUCCUGCUCAAAACUGCAAUCAGUAUUACGAAUGUGUGUCAAUCCUGUGGUGGUACAAUUUGAAAUUACUAAACUGUUCGUCUGGACAGGUUUUCAGCAGCACAGAACUAACUUGUAUUGAUAAUACCAGCUGUAGUUCAGAAACGGGUAAAUUAGAAACAACAGCUGCUCCAACUAUAGCUCCUACUACGACGGAAACUGCUACAUCGACAAGUUCCACAGCAACAGAAUCAACAACAGAAUCAAAAACAGAAUCAACGACAGAACUAGUAUCUGCCACUGAUGAACAAGUCACAUCAACAACAGAAUGGACAACAGUUUCGACACUAUCUUCGACAACAGAAUCUACGACUGUUCCAGCGCCACAAUCGUCUAUAUCAGUUUCAACAACGGUAACAACAACGCAGUCGUCGACAGAAGAUUCAACAACAGACCCAACAGCGGAAUCGACGACAGUUUCAACAACAUACUUAUCGACAGCAGAAUCUACGACUGUUCCAGUAACACAAUCAUCUACAUCCGUUUCACCAUCAGUAACAACACUAACAUCGAUAACAGAAUCUACAACUGUUCCAGUAAUAAAAUCAUCUACAUCCGUUCCACCAACAGUAACAACACAGUCAUCAACAGAACAGUCAACGACAGACCCAACAACGGAAUCGACGACAAAUUCAAUAACACAAUAUUCGACAUCAGAAUCCACGAUAGUUAAAACAACCCAAUCAUCUACAUCCGUUGCAUCAUCAGUAACAACACAGUCAUCUACAGAAGAGUCAACGAUAGACCCAACAACGGAAUCAACGACAGGUUCAAUAACUCACUCCUCAACAUCAGAAUCCACGAUAGUUCCAACAACCCAGUCACCUACAUCUGCUUCAACAACGGUAACAACACAGUCGUCGACAGAAGAGUCAACAACAGACCCAACAACGGAAUCGACGACAGAUUCGACGACACACUCGUCGACAGCAGAAUCUACGACUAUUCCAGUAACACAAUCAUCUACAUCCGUUGCACCAUCAGUAACAACACAGUCAUCGAAAGAAGAGUCAACGAUAGACCCAACAACGGAAUCGACGACAGUAUCAACAACACAAUCUUCAACAUCAGAAUCCACGAUAGUUCCAACAACCCAGUCGGCUACAUCAGCUUCAACAGAGGUAACAACACAAUCGUCGACAGAAGAGUCAACGACAGACUCGACCACGGAAUCGACGACAGGUUCAACAAAACAAACUUCAACAUCAGAAUCCACGAUAGUUCCAACAACCCAGUCAUCUAUAACUGCUUCAACAACGGUAACAACAACACAAUCGUCGACAGAAGAGUCAACCACAGACCCAACAACGGAAUCGACGACAGUAUCAACUACACAAUCUUCAACAUCAGAAUCCACGACAGUUCCAACAACCCAGUCAUCUACAUCGUCAACAACAGACCCAACAACGGAAUCGACGACAGAUUCGACGACACACUCGUCGACAGCAGAAUCUACGACUAUUCCAGUAACACAAUCAUCUACAUCCUCAACGAUAGACCCAACAACGGAAUCGACGACAGUAUCAACAACACAAUCUUCAACAUCAGAAUCCACGAUAGUUCCAACAACCCAGUCGGCUACAUCAGCUUCAACAGAGGUAACAACACAAUCGUCGACAGAAGAGUCAACGACAGACUCGACCACGGAAUCGACGACAGGUUCAACAAAACAAACUUCAACAUCAGAAUCCACGAUAGUUCCAACAACCCAGUCAUCUAUAACUGCUUCAACAACGGUAACAACAACACAAUCGUCGACAGAAGAGUCAACCACAGACCCAACAACGGAAUCGACGACAGUAUCAACUACACAAUCUUCAACAUCAGAAUCCACGACAGUUCCAACAACCCAGUCAUCUACAACUGCUUCAACAACGGUAACAACAACACAAUCGUCGACAGACGAGUCAACCACAGACCCAACAACGGAAUCCACGACAGUUCCAACAACACAAUCUUCAACAUCAGAAUCCACGACAAUUCCAACAACCCAGUCAUCUACAACUGCUUCAACAACGGUAACAACAACACAGUCGUCGACAGAAGGGGCAACCACAGACCCAAUAACGGAAUCGACGACAGUAUCAACAACACAAUCUUCAACAUCAGAAUCCACGACAGUUCCAACAACCCAGCCUUCUACAUCGGCUUCAACAAUGGUAACAACAACACAAUCGUCGACAGAAGAGUCAACCAAAGACCCAACAACGGAAUCGACGACAGGUUCAACAACGCAAUCUUCAGCAUCAGAAUCCACGACAGUUCCAACAACCCAGUCAUCUACAUCGGCUUCAACAACGGUAACAACAACACAAUCAGAAUCCACGACAGUUCCAACAACCCAGUCAUCUACAUCGGCUUCAACCAGACCAACAACGGAAUCGACGACAGUAUCAACAACACAAUCUUCAACAGAAGAAUUCACGACAAUUCCAACAACCCAGUCAUCUACAUCGGCUUCAACAACGGUAACAACAACACAAUCGUCGACAGAAGAGUCAACCACAGACCGAACAACGGAAUCGACGACAGUAUCAACAACGCAAUCUUCAACAUCAGAAUCCACGAUAGUUCCAACAACCCUGUCAACUACAUCUGCUUCAACAACGGUAACAACAACACAAUCGUCGACAGAAGAGUCAACCACAGACCCAAUAACGGAAUCGACGACAUUAUCAACAACACAAUCUUUAACAUCAGAAUCCACGACAGUUCCAACAACGCAGUCAUCUACAUCUGCUUCAACAACGUUAACAACACAAUCGUCGACAGAAGAGUCAACAACAGACCCAACAACGGAAUCGACGACAGGUUCAACAACGCAAUCUUCAACAUCAGAGUCCACGACAGUUCCAACAACCCAGUCAUCUACAUCGGCUUCAACAACGGUAACAACAACACAAUCGUCGACAGAAGAGUCAACCACAGACCCAACAACGGAAUCGACGACAGUAUCAACAACACAAUCUUCAACAUCAGAAUCCACGACAGUUCCAACAUCCCAGUCAUCUACAUCUGCUUCAACAACGGUAACAACAACACAAUCGUCGACAGAAGUGUCAACCACAGACCCAACAACGGAAUCGACGACAGGUUCAACAACGCAAUCUUUAACAUCAGAAUCCACGAUAGUUCCAACAACCCAGUCAUCUACAUCUGCUUCAACAACGGUAACAACAACACAAUCGUCGACAGAAGAGUCAACAACAGACCCAACAACGGAAUCGACGAUAGGUUCAACAACAACGCUAUCUUCAACAUCAGAAUCCACGAUAGUUAAAACAAGACAGUCAUCUACAUCUGCUUCAACAACGGUAACAACAACACAAUCGUCGACAGAAGAGUCAACCACAGACCCAACAACGGAAUCGACGACAGUAUCAACAACACAAUCUUCAACAUCAGAAUCCACGACAAUUCCAACAACCCAGCCAUCUACAACUGCUUCAACAACGGUAACAACAACACAGUCGUCGACAGAAGGGGCAACCACAGACCCAAUAACGGAAUCGACGACAGUAUCAACAAAACAAACUUCAACAUCAGAAUCCACGACAGUUCCAACAACCCAGUCAUCUACGUCGGCUUCAACAACGAUAACAACAACACAAUCGUCGACAGACGAGUCAACCACAGACCCAACAACGGAAUCGACGACAGUAUCAACAACACAAUCUUCAACAUCAGAAUCCACGACAGUUCCAACAACCCAGCCUUCUACAUCGGCUUCAACAAUGGUAACAACAACACAAUCGUCGACAGAAGAGUCAACCACAGACCCAACAACGGAAUCGACGACAGGUUCUACAACGCAAUCUUCAACAUCAGAAUCCACGAUAAUUCCAACAACCCAGUCAUCUACAUCUGCUUCAACAACGGUAACAACACAGUCAUCGACAGAAGACUCGAUAACAGAGCCAACAACGGAAUCGACGACAAUAUCAACAACACAAUCUUCGACAUCAGAAUCCACGAUAGUUCUAACAACCCAAUCAACUACAUCGCUGUCAACAACGGAAUCAACAACACAAUCUCCUACAUCAAACUCAACAACGCUGUCAGCAACGGCAUCGACAACGCAUUUAUCAACAGAAAAAUCGACGACAGUUUCAACACCAUCAUCGACAACAGAAUCUACAACCUCAACAACUACUGAACCAGUGACACCUCCAGCAGAAUGUACAAGUGCUAGAAAGUAUCCUGCACCAAAUUGCAACCAGUACUACGAAUGUACAUCAUUCUUAUGGUGGUACAAUUUGAAUUUAAAUACUUGUCCAACAGGGCAAUCAUUUAACGCCGAUCAGCUUGUAUGUGUUGAUGAUGCCACUUGUGGUGCUACCACAACUACUACAACGCCAGCUACAGAAACAGUGACACCUCCAGCAGAAUGUACAAGUGCUGGAAAAUACCCUGCACCAAACUGCAACCAGUACUACGAAUGUACAUCAUUCUUAUGGUGGUACAAUUUGAAUUUAAAUACUUGUCCAACAGGGCAAUCAUUUAACGCCGAUCAGCUUGUAUGUGUUGAUGAUGCCACAUGUGGCGCUACCACAUAACCACUUCAACGUUCACUACAAC